AUGGCAGAGAGGGCUCCGUUCCCCACCGAGAUCGAUGACUUUGACGCCGACGAGCGUGUCUCAUUCGAUCGCCUCACCGACACGUACAAGCUGGAGGAUGAGCGCGGAGAGGAAUGGGAGUGGUUGACGAAGCCCGGCAAAUGGGUCCCAGUGACGGACGAGGCCGAGGUUGCCCGUCAGCAAGAAGCCUACAAGGUUGCUGGAGUCGACGAGAAUGAGCCGGCCAUGGAUCCGCGCAAGCGCAAGGCUGCAGGUGAUGCUGGAGAGGGAGCAAGCAAUGGCCACGCCAAGAAGCAAAAGCCCGACAAGCCUCCGCGUAAUAAUGCCAUCUACAUCACCUCGCUCCCCGACGAUGUCACUGUUGAUGAGCUUCACGACGUCUUCUCCAAGUUCGGUGUGAUCGCAGAGAGCGCAGACAGCAACAAGCCCCGCAUCAAACUCUACCAAGACGAGAAUGGCCAUUUCAAGGGAGAUGCGCUUAUCGUCUACUUCCGCCCCGAGUCUGUUCAACUCGCCAUCGACAUGCUCGACGAGACCGACUUCCGCCUUGGGGAGAAGAUGGUCACCGGGCCGAUGCGUGUCCAACAAGCCGACCAGAGUUUCAAAGAGCAGAAACAGCAGCCUCUGGCGACCGAUCAAGCGAAGACGAAAGGCACCAAUGCGAAUCGCGACCGCCAGAAGAUCAUCAAGAAGAACCAAGAGAUGGCGAACCGCCUCGCGGAAUGGGAUGAUGAUGAUCCAUCGACCAUACCCGACACAUCAAGCCGUUGGGACAAAGUCGUGGUUCUCAAAAACAUGUUCACUCUUCAUCAACUCGACGAAGAGCCCGAGGCGCUGCUCGACAUCAAGCAAGACGUGCGCGAGGAGUGUGAGAAGUUCGGCGAGGUGACCAGCGUCACCCUCUACGACAAGGAGCAUGCAGGCAUCGUGACUGUCCGCUUCGCCAAUGCUGUCGCCGCAGAGGCAUGCGUCAAGGUAUUUGAGGGCCGUAACUUUGGUGGGCGCAGAAUUGGGGCGUCGAUUUCGGAUGGGCGCACGCGUUACAAGAAGAGCAAGAAGACUGACAACGAUGAGGAGGAUGAAGAGGCUCGCUUGGAGAACUUCAGCAAAUUCAUCGAAGGCGACGGUGCUUGA